AUGUUCUCAUCAUCACGCAUCCUCCGCUCCAACGCUUCGCGCAUCGCAUCCAUCGCUCGCCCGACCGCAUUUGCUCCCGCCCAGAAUCGACUCUUCCACGCUACCCGUCCAGCUAUGACCGUCCACGUUGUCGAAACCGCCGACGAAUUCCGUCAGGCCAUUGCGAACAACAAGGUCGUCAUUGUCGACUGCUACGCUGACUGGUGCCCUCCCUGCAAGGCCAUCGCUCCCGUCCUGGAAAAGCACUCCAACUCGGACGACUUCAAGGACAAGGUAUACUUUGUCAAGUUCGACACCGACAAGAUCCCCGAAAUCUCCCAGGAGCUCCGCGUCAGCUCCAUCCCCGCCUUCUUCUUCUUCAAGGACGGCAAGCAGGUUGACAACUUUGUCGGCGCCAACCCCGGCGAGCUCCAGCGCCUGCUGAAGACGCACUCUGCCUGA